CAGCAAUCCCCUCCCCUCGCCGUCGUCAUUCCUAAACAAAACGAGAAAAGACAGUUGGCCUGUGCACUUUGGCGUGUUACGUUGUAAGUGUAUCUGUGGUGGCGACAUUUUCGUUUAGUGUACCUUUAAAUCUUAAAAUAUCAAAAUGGCUGACCAACUCACCGAAGAACAAAUCGCCGAAUUCAAAGAGGCGUUCUCGCUGUUUGACAAAGACGGAGAUGGCACAAUUACAACCAAAGAAUUAGGAACCGUAAUGAGAUCUUUAGGCCAAAAUCCAACGGAAGCCGAACUCCAGGAUAUGAUCAAUGAAGUAGACGCUGAUGGUAACGGCACAAUCGAUUUCCCCGAGUUCCUGACGAUGAUGGCCAGGAAAAUGAAGGACACCGACAGCGAGGAGGAGAUCCGCGAGGCGUUCCGCGUCUUCGAUAAGGACGGCAACGGUUUCAUCUCCGCCGCCGAGCUGCGCCACGUCAUGACGAACCUGGGCGAGAAGCUGACGGACGAGGAGGUGGACGAAAUGAUCCGGGAGGCGGACAUCGACGGUGACGGACAGGUCAAUUACGAAGAGUUUGUCACCAUGAUGACCUCAAAGUGAAGAAGUCCACAGUUUGCAUUUCCGCUUUCCAUUGUUUCAUCCCGGCCCAUUAUCUACAUUUUCAACAUCUCGAACUUUUUGCUAGGCUGCCGGGCCAUUAAAGUGAAUAACUUAAUCGUUAUUUAAUUUACAAGACAAGUUUUAAUUAACAUUAAUAAAUAUUUAUAAAUUAAUAUAACUGUGUAAAUUUUUGUAAUAUAUUUGUUUUCGGACGGUGCGAAAGUAUUGCGCAUCCUCUGAACUGUAUCAACUACAACCUAUGUGCUACGUGUCUAGAUGAGUUGUUAUCUCGUUAUUCACAAAGUAUGAAAACAGCGUACUUAUAUAUAAAACUCGUCGUUCGUUCUAUUUGGUGUUAGUUUAGGGGAUACACAGAUUUAGGUGACACUCAAACUGUUUCAUUUUUCAUACUUUGUGAUCCAAACGUACAUCUUGUGCACUUACUAUAGUAUGUAUCCCCAUAAAUUAUCCUUUUAAAAAACGUUACUGUUAGUCUUAUUUUUCAUCAUCCCAUUGUACUGUAUUGUAGGUUUUACAUUUUUAGUCUAGUAUUUUCAAGUGUAUCAGAUUUUUCAUUUUCCUUAUCAGUCUGAUAUUUUUCAAUGAUUAAUUUAUUUUGUAACAAGUAAGACAGACAUCCGAUACAAUGUGAAAUUAUUAGAUGUUUAAAUUUUAAAUAAAUGUGACUAAAAAGAGGAGAUUCGUUUUAAGUUCCCGUAAUAUGCUAUAUCAUUAUUAUUACGGUUUUUUUAUGUUGACAUUUUCUUUAUUUAAAAUAAAAUUAUUUAAACAAAAUUUCUUUUUAAUAUUCCGCCUAUUACAAGUUACACCCUGAGCAUGUUGGCUGAAUUUUAUGCAGUAUUAAAUUUUCUCCGUUUUAAUAAUAUUGCACAUUGAAUUUUCAUCCGUUUUAUUCUCCCAUAUUGCUUCGUCUGAAUGAAUCUUUCUAAAACGUAUGAGUUGGUUGUUUGUGGUGUGUAUUUCCCAUUAGAUAUCUAUUUUAGUUGGCCGUACAGGAUAAAUAGCAAAAUGCAAUUUGUCACGUAAUUUAGAUGUAAAACGUUUUCAGAGUCAAAUAUUGUAAUAUCGUUGUUUGUAAAUAGGCUUUUCAGAAUCGAAUUAUAUUCAUAAAUAGUUGAGGCUAAAAUGUUUACUGUUAAUGUGAUAUGUUUAUUAUCAAACAGAAAAUGAAUAAAACAUAUAAUCAGA